AUGGACUUGUCUUGGGUGGACAAGCUCAAGGUCGUCGACCUGCGUAAAGAGCUUCGAGAAAGGGGCGUCAGCGGGGCAGGCAAGAAAGCUGAACUUGCGGAUAGGUUGAAGCAACACUUGCUGAAAAAUGCGGCUCCAGGGGAGCAGACUGGCCAGAUCACCACACCAGCGCAGACACCGCCUCCUGGACAAGAAGACAAGGACCCAAAUCCAACUCCAGCACCAGUGCCCAAGCCCAGCGCAAAUGUUGCAGUCGUGAAAAAGCCAGAGGCGAUGGAAGAUGUUGCCACCCCAGCUCCAGUGGCACACCAAGAAAAGGCUGCCACGAUGGACAUCCCACAGGGCAGCGCUGAAAAGGUCGAGGUGGAUGGACAGCUGAGCACAGGGGACGGAGCAGAGGCAGAGAAGGAAAGAGGCCACAAAGCAUCAGCCGAUGGCAAGAGCAGGGUGCUAAAAGAGACCCAGGCGCAGAAGGUCGACAGCGACAAGAAGGAGGAGGUGGAGGAUGAUGAGUUUGUGGAUGCUGUAGAGCCUACGCCUGCUGAAGAAGCCCCCAGGGCCUUGGGCAGCCUUGGCGGCAGGGAGGAGGACAUGGGAAUCGCUGAUAUACUGGCGGAAGACACAGAGGACGUGGAUUUUGGCAUGGGCAUCACCCCUGGCUCUGCCAAGAAGCCUGGGGAGGAAUCCAGGGCGAAGAAGAUCCCGGAAGCAUACGGAGACGCAGAGAUGCGCGAAGUGGCAGCACACCGGGGGGACAGUGGGGGAUGGAGGGGUGGCGAAAGCGAGAGGGGCCCAAGGGGGAGCAAGUCCCAGCGUGUGGAUGAUGGGGAUGGGGACGGAAGCAGGAGGAGGGGCAGGGUGGAGGUUGAAGGAGGGAGGUUGGAUCGAGGCAAAGGGGAAGAUGUCAGGCCCCAUGGACCUGAGGGAGGGGACAGCCGCAAGCGGAAACUGGAAGGGCCAGCUGGGGAGAGCAGGGCCCAAGGGGGGGAGGGGCCGCAGGAGCUGAAGAGGCAGCGACUGCCUGGUGCGGGUGCAGAAGCGCCCACGCAGGGAAGUGGGAGGGAACCGAUUCCAGCACCAUCUCGUGGCCCUCCCAAGGGUGAGGAGGCUUCAGGGGAGGCGUCAGUGCCCCCCAAGCCUGACCCUGACCAGGUGUCACCCGCCCUGCGGAUCGACAACUUUGUGCGGCCGUUCACAGAGGCAGCGGCAAAGGAGAUGUUGUCCGCCUUUGGCAAGGUCGUAGACAUGUGGAUGCCGUCGAUCAAGACGCACUGCUAUGUGAUCUUUGAGGCGAACGAGGAGGCGCUGGCGGCAUAUAACGCAACUUACAAGCUCGAGUGGCCCAAGAACGGUGGCCGGCCAUUGAACCCAAGGUUUGUGACUGUGGCCGAAGCGAAGCAGGAGAUCGACCAAGGCAGGGCUCGCUUGACGAUGGGCCGGGGAUCGGGCUCUGGGGAACUCAACACCAUGCCCAGUAUUGGGAGUGAGGGCAGGUUUGGCGACCCCAGAGGUGGCAGGGACCACUGGGUGGCAAACAAUGGUCGUGACAGGGUGGGCCAUGCGGGUGCGCCGCAUGAACCCCCGCGUGGCGUCGUGCCUGUGGGCCAGCAGGGCGCCUUGGAGCCCGGACGGCAGUUGUCGCUGGAUGAGCUGUUCAACAAAACGAGCGCAAAACCUGCGGUCUUCUGGCUGCCUCUGACUGAUGAGCAGGUGGCCCAGAAGAAGAGGCGCCAGGCUGAGGAGGCAGCAGCUGCUGGAGGCAGGAGGGAAGCUGGCAGGCCUGGGAUGGAGGCACGGGGUGAUGGGGGCAAUGGUAGGCCUCUGAGGCUGGCGGACGGGAAUGGGGCUGUGCGCCACGCAAGGGGCCGGGAGUACGACCAGCCAGGAAUGCGGCGCAUGGACAGCCGGGAUUUCAGGGAUGGUGGAAGGCGAUCGUACAACAACAACAUUAGGAGGCAACGGAGGUGA